AUGGUCAAUGCUGAGGCGUCGCAUUUGUGGAAUAUUUUCGCUGUGACCCUUCAGCACCACAUUCAAAACAACCCAACAGCCCAAUCUAACCGCGACAUGACGCUUGUUUUCAAAACUUUUCUAGAAUGCAGGUGUGGCGGGAAACCGCCGCCUAACCAUCCAAAGAGACAAAGCAAGCACACACGAACGCAGGCCUCAGGCCUCACGAGUCGAAUCCGCGUCGCGCUUGCGAAACAUCGCGCUGCUGCACAAGGACGUUCAAAGGACCCGGGUUUCGAGCAGGAUGAGUCGAAAGGAGGAUCUCGGGAAGCGGAGGGACUUCGGAAAUCUCAAGACGUCGAGACCCUGCUUCUGAGGAAGACAUGGAGCAUCAUGGAGCUCUUCAGGACAGAGGCAAGGCGGGCCUGCAGAAUGGAGAUGCCGGCGACGUGCGCCGAAAUCCGACCCGGCAAGCACAUGCGCACCAGACUCACCAGAGGGCUGGCCGGUGUCUCAUGA